GCAAAGCAGAACGCGCACAAAAGUCUCAGAGGUCGUCCUUCUCGAUCAAGCUGGGCACCACAUAGUUUCUUUCUCCAUGAGGCUGCAAGGAUCCUCACCACGUCAGCUGAGCAAACGCUGGAGAGGUGCACAGUGCUGAGCUUGCAAGAAGCGGCAGCCUUACCUGUCCAAGGUCUGACUAGAGUGAAACAACAGACCGUGACGCCAAGUGGCGGGGCCGCACGCUUGGUAGGGUUAACUCAUCUGCCCUUGGAGCGGGCUGCUGUUCCCAGCAGGAAGGGCGCGCAGGGCCGAGGCGCAGUCGCAUUGGCUUCUCAGCUACAGCAAGGGGCGGGACCGCGCGAAGGCCAAGGGCGCGUCACUUCCGCUUUGCAUCCGCGCGCGAGCCCCAGGCUUCGAAGGACUAGCUGGGGGUGGGUGCGUCGCGGAUCCAAAUAGUGGACUGUCGGAGUGAGAGCUUGUGCCACCAAGCCGCGGGCUCCACUCGCUGGCCGGACUUAGAAUGGCUCAGGUCGAGAGCUGCUCUCGUCCGAGCGGCGUCUAGCCGGGCAGCGGCUCACAACUGAGCUCGAGAAAGCAGGAAGUGGCGUUUGUAGGAGUCGAGCUAUCUGAGGAAGAAGAUACUUUUAUUUUGUACCAGACCAGUUAGUAUCUCACUUGUCAAAAGAGGCACCAGUGAGGUGUCAGACACAGGAGCAAAACUUGCUAGAGCAGAACAAUGAUGGUUGAUCUGAAGGUGGUUGAGCAUUUGGACCCUCAGAUCAGGGCUCUGUGGGAAACUAAGGAACCUGUGGCAGAAGGCUCUAGUCAAAAUACAAAAUGUCCACAAACAGACAGUCUUGAUCCAAAGAGCUCCUGCUGGUACUUCCGGAACUUCUAUUAUCACAAAGCAGCUGGACCCCGUGAGGCUGUCAGCCAACUUCAGGAAUUAUGUAAUCUGUGGCUCAGACCUGAGAUCCACUCAAAAGAGCAAAUCUUGGAACUUCUGGUACUAGAACAGUUCCUGACCAUCCUGCCGACGGAGACACAGACCCAGUUGCAGAAGCACCAUCCACAAAGCAUCGAGGAGGCUGUGGCACUGGUAGAACACUUGCAGAGGAAAUCUGGUCAAAGGAGGAAUGGGGUUACAGCUCAUGAGCUUGGAAAGGAAGCAUUGGAAGAAACAGCAGAGGCUCCAGGUUUCAAGCUUAAUCCAGUACAGUCCCAAACAGAGGGCAUAUUUCAGGAUAAAGAAUUUUGGAAUACAUACAGGGGACAACAACAAUGGCUGAACAAGAGUACUCAUAAGGAAACUGAGCCUGUAUAUAAGACUGAUGAGCCAGCUCAACAGAUUCUAUCGUUUCCUGAGCAGACAACUACCAAAGACUGGACAGUGACACCUGAGCUCAUCUUUCCUGAGUCCCAGAGUUUGUUGACAUUUGAAGAAGUGGCCAUGUAUUUUUCCCAGGAAGAAUGGGAGUUACUGGAUACCACUCAGAAGGCUCUCUACAAUGAUGUAAUGCAGGAGAAUUAUAAGAAUGUCAUCUCUAUAGCAUUAUUUGGGCUCCCCAAACCUAAAGUGAUCUCCUGUCUAGAACAAGGGGAAGAGCCAUGGGUUCAAGGGUCCUUGGAUUUCAAAGACACUCCCAGAGAAUCACUUACAGAGUUAAAGCUAAGAAAUGACACUGAAAAUCAUCAGUCUGUAUCCCUUUCUGCCUUAGCCACACAUGCACCAAGAGUCAUAGUAUCAAAACAGGCCAAAGUGAAUGUUUCUCAGCAAAAAACAAGCAAAGAAAACCAUAAUGAUAUGCACAGGGUGGGGAAGUGCCACAGAGAUCUUCCAGUAAAGAAAAGAAAGAAACUGUCAACAUGGAAACAAGAGUUGCUGAAACUCAUGGAUCUUCACAAGAAAGACCAUACAGGAGAGAAGCCUUUUAAAUGCCAGGAAUGUGGGAAAAGCUUCAGAGUUAGCUCUGACCUUAUUAAACACCAAAGAAUUCACACUGAAGAGAAACCAUAUAAGUGUCCGCAGUGUGAUAAGAGGUUUAGAUGGAGUUCAGAUCUUAAUAAGCACUUAACAACACACCAAGGAAUAAAACCAUAUAAAUGUUCAUGGUGUGGGAAAAACUUCAGUCAAAAUACAAAUCUUCAUACACAUCAAAGGACUCACACAGGAGAGAAGCCCUUUACAUGUCAUGAAUGUGGGAAAAAAUUCAGUCAGAAUUCUCACCUUAUUAAACACCGAAGAACCCACACAGGUGAGCAGCCUUAUAGCUGUGGUGUAUGCAAGAGAAACUUCAGCAGGCGAUCAAGUCUUCUUAGACACCAGAAAAUCCACCGAUAAAGGGAAGUGUAUCCCCUGUCCUCAUUCUAAAACAAUUCAACAAGUGGAACUUGAAUCCUGUGAAGUGCAAAUGUGCAGAAUCAUGAAGCAUGAAGAGUUUUUUCAUCAUUGGAAAAUUUAGGGAUAUAGAUACAUUGUUUCACAGGAAAAAAAAAAGAUUGUUUGUUAAGGAUAUGUUAGCUAUAGUACUUUCUGUUUUUACUUUUAGCUGUCAGGGAGUUCCUUAGCAACAAAAUGUUCUAAGACAGUAGUGGCCGACUUAUGGCACAUGUGCUAGAAUGGACUGUUUGUUAUUAUUGAGAGCCCUAAAAGGUUCACCAUCACUGUUCUAGCAACACUGUGAAUAAGGCAAAGGCUGUUUUAGGAUUCUACUUGGAAAAAUAGUAAUUUUAAUUAUAAGUUGCAGAAGUCAAUGAGUCUUCUGUGAGAAGUAAAUAUUGUUGCUUUUGCACUAAUCUUCAUACUCUAGAAAAUCAUGAUAGAAAUAUUUAUAGCACAGUCUUAAUGUGUUUAUGUUUAAUUGAAGACUAUUGUCUUAACAGCUUAUCUAUUUUAAUAGUCUUUGCUGGGCAGAGAUUAAUUUAUUCCUAGAAUAUUUUCCAACAGCUAAAUUGGAUACUCUCUUUUGUCUUUGAACACUGUUCACAAAGUUGAACAUCUUUUGAAUUCUUUCUUACACUUAUUAGCAACUUGAGCUCUUGAAUCCUGUUAACAUAAUUUUUACUCUUAUGAAAUAAUUUAUUUUACCACUAGGUAAUCUGGCAAAUGUACUAAUAAUGCACUAUUUUAUGUCUCAUUGGUGAUGUUUAGGAAAUGGGGAACAUCACUAAUGAGAUACAGAAACGGGUUGGAAUUUAUAGCCAUUAUUAUAUAUUAGAUAUAAACAGUUUUCUGCAAUAAAAGAAGCUAGACUUUUUAAAUCUCAAAAUGUCAAUAGAUACAGCAGCCAUAAAUACUAAGACUUAACUAAGGCAUGAAAGAAAAUUUAAGUGUUUACGAUCAACUUUUCAUUUUUAUUUACUUUUUAAUUUGGCUUUUGUUUGUCAUUAAGGAUGAGUGUUGUAUUUGUAUAAAAACUGGGAUGUGCAGGAUUCUGUUGAUUACUUAACGUGACUGAGCAUCUAGCCAGGAGAUUGAAUUCCCAAAAGGAAAAGUUUGGAAACUGAUGGCUGAUAUUAAGCAUAGAUAGGCAAAUCAAAAAACUGUGUUUUUUCUUACUCAAAGGGAAAGCUGAUCAGCUGAGUCUACCUAUCUUUUCUAUCCAGGAAAGUAUUUAUAGCAAUCUCAGGUGAUACAUUUAUUAUGAUUGCUGAUGGUCUACAGUAUGUGGAUUUUCUUAUAAUUUACCUGUUUAACUACCACAAUGACUCAGGUGUUUUACAGUUUGAGAGUGUAGGUAUACCAGGAAAGAGGUAAAAAAAAAAAAAAAAAAAAUUGUUUCUCCCAAGUCAUCUAUAAAUGAAAUUAAGGCUCAAAGAGUUAUGUAGACAUCCCACAAACCCAUUACUAGGUGAUCUGUUAGCUACUACUUAGUUUUAUCUGUUAGAUAGGAAGGGAGGACUAGUAGGAUCAGUUUGUCUUGUUGUGCCUGUACAACCAGCCAAAUAACGUUGUGUUUCAAAAUAUUCCUGUUUCUUGAUUGGGUCCUGAAAUUAUUAAUUUUCUUUAUAAAAUAGAGAUAACAGUCAACUUGGUUUUAUUCUAGGGAUUUGAUGGACUGAUGAAAAUAGAGCACCUAAAACAAGGCCUGGUCUUAACAUUUAACUCAGUUUUAUUCUGGUGAUUUAUGAAUUAAUGAAAGUAGAUCACCUAAAACAGGGCCUUGUUCAUAGUAGAUGAACAGGGCCAGAAACUUAGCUCAGUGGUACAGUUCCUGCCUGGAAGCGUGAGACCCUGAGUUUGAUUCCUGGUACAAAAAAAA